CAUCACUGGACCAGAGCGGAGACAGGCGGCUGCGCGUGCGCGUUCCCAUGCGCGUUCCCGUGCGCGUCCUCGAGCAGCGCGCGUCCUGGGGAAACAGAGCGCUCGCGGUGCGGGAGUGCGCUCAGUCAGGCUCAUCCAGCAUCCAAAUCAAAACAUAAUAAAUACUACAGCAUAAAUAUAUUCAUGGACGUGAACUAGGGAGCGGGAUUAGUUUUUUUUUCUUUUUUUUAUCCUUUACUUUUUAUUUAUUUGUUUUGGAUUUGCUGAACGCAGUCUUCUAAAAUGGCUGAGAUAGCGAGUCUGAGCCCUACCUACGAGGUGUCCCCGGUCUUGGCGGGAUUUCUUGGUGCGGGUGUUCUGGUCGUCACGGUGACGGUGGCCAUCUUCCUAUGGACGUGCUGCCAGCGUCAGUAUCGCAGAAUGACGUUUAAGUUAAGCAACGGCCCGUUUGACUCUCCCACCGACCCACCGUUAAAGUUCAUCCACAUGCUCAAGGGCAUCAGCAUCUACCCCGAGACCCUCAGCAACGCCAACAAGAUCAUACGAGUGGGCCGGAGGUCAUCCUCACGGCAACGGAGUAACGAUUCUGACGUUGAGGGUCAUGCGCAUUUGCAAAUGAACCACCUGGUACCCCCAAAGUUGGAGCGAGCGCUGCCAAUCCGGGCCGAUUACUGCUGUUCCGAGAGCAGCAGCUGCGAAUCGGCCAGUAAGACCCCGACUCCAUUCAGCCUCGACUCGCCCUCAUUAGGCACCCUAGAUCUCGCCAUUGACUACAACUUCCCCAAAAAGGCGCUGGUGGUGACGAUUGUAGGUGCACGAGGUCUCCCAGCCAUUAAUGAGCAGAUGGGCAGCUCAGACCCCUAUGUGAAGAUGAGCAUCCUGCCCGAGAAGAAGCACCAUGUAAAGACCCGUGUGAUGAGGAAGACCCUGGAGCCAUCGUUCGACGAGACGUUCACCUUCUAUGGUGUUUCCUUCAGCGCACUGGCUGACCUUACACUGCAUUUCCUGGUGCUGAGCUUCGACCGCUUUGCCCGUGAUGACGUAAUCGGAGAAGCAUUGGUGUCGCUGUCGGGCGUCGAGCUUAGCGCAGGCAAAGUGCACAUCAGCCAGCAGAUCACCAAGAGGAACGUACAGUGCGGGAGACGUGGUGAGCUGCUGGUGUCUCUGUCCUACCAUCCAGCCACACACAGACUGAACGUAGUGGUGCUCAAAGCCAAACAUCUUCCUACCAUGGACAUCACCAGCCUGCCAGGCAACCCGUACGUGAAGGUAAACGUGUUCUACGGCCGCAGACGCAUCGCCAAGAAGAAGACGCACGUGAAGAAGUGCACACUGGAGCCUGUCUUUAACGAGUCGUUCGUUUACGACGUGCCCGCAGAGCUCAUGGCCGACAUCUCUGUCGAGUUCCUGCUCAUCGACUUCGACCGCACCACCAAGAACGCCGUCGUGGGCCGUCUGGUGCUGGGGGGUCAGAGCCCGACGCCGUCUGGCGUCACACACUGGAGGGAAGUGUGCGACAACCCGCGGCGGCAGAUCGCCAAGUGGCACAACCUGUCCGAGUUCUAACAGUCUACAUCACUUUCCCUUGAUCCCUUGACGAUAAAGAUAGCAACCCAUCUGUUACCCUUCUCUCAUGUAGGUGUAUCCUAGCCUGUGUGUGUGUGUGUGUGUGUGUGUGUGUGUGUGUGGCUGUCCGGAAGCGGCCUGAAGACCGUAAUUGGGCCCUGCCGUUACACAAGGCAUGAUUUUACUUGAACAGCGCCUGCGGUUCAUUCGACAGGAGGCUGCCUAUGUAGGCUCCAUUUUCCUGCAGCGCAUGUGCUCCUAUGUGGAAGAUAGACUUGAGGACCGCUGUCUACCAAGGUCCCUUAUUUUGGACAAUUGAAGAAAAACAUGGCAGACUAAUUCAAUCUGUCUCUCCGAUAAAAUAUUAUGAUCGCACCAUAACCUGUGAUAAAACGUAAAGCAGUUAUUACGAAUAAUUAUUAUGAUCUAAAAGCCUACUUUGGCGAAGAUUUAGAAGAAUCACAAAGGACGUCCUCUAAUUAAAUGAAUUCGGCUUUGCAAAAAAAAAAAAAAAAAAAAACAGAACGAUUAUCUCCAAAUAUUCAUCUGUUCAGGUUGUAACCACUUGCUGAUGAAGAAGAAGCUACACCUUUCAGGAGCACUUGGAUCCAUUGAGAAGUUGACAUCAGGACAUCAAGUCUCCUAAAUGUCCAUUAUUUUGGACACAAGCAAUGAUGGAGCGAUGAAAUUCUGUGGUUUGGUUAGAAUGAAUUAUUAUGAGUUAUGUAAACUGCACACAUCAGUUCAUGAGUCACAUGGCUUUUGUAUUUAUGCUAAUUGCCUUGAGUGGGCUACAGAUUUAGAUUCAUUCAGACUAUAAACACCUUUUUUUCAAUGAGCUAGCACAAAUGUUAUUGCUAAUAAGAAAGCUUAACCUUUAAAUCACACUGAAUCCUGAUGUGAAUAAAUAAUUUCUCACAGAUGUUAUGGCAACUUUAGCAAAAAUCCACAAAAAAGCAAUGGACAGGGUUGAAUAAUGGUAAAUAAACCACAGAGGCUGAUUAAGAUCCAUAAUAACCAGUGCUAAUGGGAUAAAUCAUAGCCAAAACACAAAGUGGGCGUGUUUUGGGAGAUUUAAAAACAAUAGUUGCGUGAAUUACGUCACAUGCAGCACUCAAGCAGGAAACAGUAUAUAAAUUGGAUUUUUGCGUGUGCUGUUUGUUCUUGAUAGUUACGACGAGUACAGAUCUCUAAGAGACUCUUCAGAAGAGUCAAACUGAAACUUGAACUUAACGCACAUAAUUGUGCAUCAAGCAUAACGCUCUUUAAAGUAAGAUGCUAGCACAAAGUAAAAGAGUGUGUGUGCCAUUCAUGGGGUACAGUAUGUCUGAAUGAAAACCUUUUCACAGUCUCUAUUUUAAUGCUGUUGGCAUCGUAGAUGUAAACGCACUGUGAAACCCACAGCAAGUCAUUCAUUUUAGAAACGUUAUGAUCAUUUAGAGAUGAGGCAUAAUGAGGCAUAAUCUCGAAAAACUUUCUCGUAAAUUGUAUAAUUUUGUUUAAAAAUGGACAAAACGUGCUUCCGCAAAUUUAAUACCUGCCCUUCAGUCGUAUUUUCCCAAGCAAUUGGGACUUCCAGGUUUAUUCAAUCACAUUGUGGGUGCUAACUUAAUAUGUUUGCAUUGACUCCUCCCUGUAUUUUAUAGACUUUUCGGUAGAAACGCUCCAAAUUGCUCAUUAAUUAAAGCAAACGUUUAAAAAUGAUGUUGCUCAUGUGUAAGACUCAGCUUAUCAACUUUGAUAACACAAAGCACUAGUUUACUAGUUUACUAACUUGGCUAGCUGUUUGCGAUGGCAGGAGGACAUGGGGGUGUUUUUAAUUUGCAUGCUCAUGAAUAUUCAUAGUUCCUGGCAUUUUUUUAAUGACAGUAAAGGUGUAAAGAUGUUCCUAGGCCAUUUUAGUAGUUUCUUUGGCCUUUAUUAAUCGAUACAGAUUUUCAUACAUCAUGGGCACUUGAAUAUGGAUAAAAAUAUUAAAGAUUGCAUUUUUUUCAGUUGAAGAGAUUUUCCGACACACUAGAUUUGGCUUUGCGCUUUAUGUAACGUGUAAAGAAAAUAAAAAGGACAACCCGGAGAAAAGUGUGCGAUCUUUCCAGUUAGCCAUGUUGUACAUAGCGGAGUUUCCCGUAAUUCCUCCAAAACUGUUGCUGUUAAUUAUGAAUACGUGUGUAUUUUUAACGAACUCUUUACUUCUUUGCCUGCUUUUCCUAUUAUAGCAAAAUAUGUAUAAAGUGUAUCAUAAGAGGCUCACGUUUCUGUAACGUAAAGUUUUGUUUUUAUCUUACAGAAGCUACAUAUCUCUAUAGAUUCACCCUUAAACUCAAACGAUGACCUUUUAAUGCACAUAGCCGUAAUAUUCCACCCUUCCUGGAUGAAAAAAAGUGAGAAAUAUGCAGAUAUUUGCACUUUACGAUAUUGUUUUGUAAUUGUAGAAAAGAAAAAAUAUAUAUAUAUGGAGAGAACCAAAUAGCUGUGAUGAAAUUUAUGUCCCAUUUGAAAGAAACAUACAGAAUAUAAUGUUCAUAUAACGCUCAUCCACUCAUCCAGGGCUCUGAUUGGUGGAAAAUUUCCCCCGGCAUUUACAUCACAGCGUGUGAUUGAUAUACGGGGGUAGGGAUGUGUGAAAUGGUGUAAACUGAUAGGGUGAACUUUAGGACAGCAUUAUAAGUAGAUGAUAGGUGUUGUCCUCUUGCUCUGUCUUUUCCCCUGUCAAUUAGAACGGCGCUAGCCAAUCAGAGGCGUCCGAUAGCUCGUGUUCAGUAUAGAGCAGGUCCUGCUCUCCUGAGUGCUGACUUUAAAUGUCUCUGAGGAAGCAUCGUCAGGGCUGAUUUAUAUUUGUCCUUUAAUAUAUCCGUGUUGAGACUCAAAUAAUCAGUGACCAUGUGGUGUGGUGCAUUACUACCCUGAAGUUGAUUAUUUUCCUAUGACGUCCUGCACUUCCUGGAGUGUUUUAUUCCUCUUAUACCAUGGCAGUUUGCCAGCACUAACAAUUUUUUUGUUUAUUUAAGAUUGUCAUAGUUUUUAUCCAUUUUCAGUUAUGUCUAACAGCUACAAAAUGUUAGUUUCCUCACCAGACUCUCUUGAAGUUAAUAAGACAAAAAAACAAACAAACAAACAAAGAAAAACGCAGCUUGUGAUGUUACGGAGAGCAUAAUGUACUGAAGACUUUCCUGUGGAGGAAAACCUCUGACACUGGAGACUGUUAAACAGACGUCUCAUUUCACCAUAUCAACCAUUAUUCGUAUGUCUUUCUUUGUUAAAUAACAACACACUUUUUGAUCUGUUUAUUCUUAAACAAUGCGAAACAGUAUGAACAGCUAAACUCCUCUUUAUCACAUCCAUUUUUACUUUACUUCUAUUUCCCCUCAUUUCUGUUUGCUACAGUAAAGUGUGACCCUUCCUUCUUUCUUCUUCUUCUUUCUAGAGACGUAUAAAUCAGCCCUUUGCUCUUUCAGGUCAUGUGACAGCUAGCGGGUGACUCGAUUAGAUAAACGGGAAAGAAAUCUUCAAAUAUUAUGUUAUUAUGUUAUUUCCAAAUUUCCCACUCCUAUCUGGAUGACUGAAAAUCUUUACAGAUAUGACCAUCUGUCCCACACACACACACACACACACACACACACAUCCUGAUUUUCACAUAACCUUCUCUAAAUUUGUCUAUUGACCUUGUUUGUUCUUUUAGUCAUCGUCUCAUAGGAAUGUCUCAGACAUGCUGAAUUUAACAGCGAUGAUGGUGAUGAAACACACUGGCUCCCACACAGAGACUUACACACAUGGGCCCAGUGAUAGUCAGACCUGUGUGUGUGUGUGUGUGUAUGUGUGUGUGGGGAGGGGGGCAGAGUAGAGAAGCAGGAGGUGGCUCAUAUCUGCACUCAUUAAUUAAAUGCACGUUCGCGUUAAUUACAUUAAUUUCAGUCGGCUCGUUCCUACGUCUUCAGCUGCAAUUUCAUUUCUCGCUCUGUUACUCCUCGAGCGACAUACAGCCAGAAAUCACAUCGAGGCUGACAGCUGACCUUUUGGAUAGCGACUGAGAGAAAUAACAACUAGCUAAUUAGCUCAUAAGCAAAAUCAUCGACCUGUGAGAGACCACUCAUUGUACAGUCAGAAGUAUUGGCACCCUUCAUGAAAAAUAAGCAAAAGUGAAUGUAUAAAAUCAGGAAAUGAUAUUUUGGACAAUUUUUUUUUUUUUUUUUUUUUAAACUGUUUUCUCAAGUAGUGUAAUUUUUCUGGCUUCAAAUUUCUUGGCACCUUUUAUAUUUGUCAGGAAUGGUGCAAUAAUUCAAGAGUUGACUGUAUGUGAAUUUAGCUAUUUAUAUGUUAUUACUUUAAUGAUGACCACUCAGUAUAACACGUUUUAUUCCUUUAAUUUGUCGCCUGUAUGUGACAUUUUUAAUUGUAAACUAAGGCAAUGUAGAUUUUUUAAGGAUUAAAUAAUAUCUUUUUCAAUCAUUUCAGUCUACCAUAUAAGUAAAACAACCAAUGAUGUUGUGAUGGCUCGAAACAAGGAAAUACAAGCGUGUGAAUGUUUUAAUAAAAGAAAACGUAACUGUAACAAAGAACUGGACUGCUAGGACUGGACUACUAGAAAAACACACACAACUACGCUGGCGAAAAGAAAGAACAGACAGUGACCAAGAACAUAAAACCAUAAAUAUAUGUACAGUGUGAUUAACUAAUAACAAGACACAGGUGAAAUAGAUAAAAGACUGAAAGAGAUAAACUAACAAAAACCAGUGAUCUAGCAGGAGAGGUGAAAAAUGAAAGCAAAACAAUGACAAUAACACAUGGAAAACUGAGAACAAGUAACAGGUAAGCAGUGCUUGCCAUGCUGGGAAAUGUGACGUGCGCUUAGAGGGGUUAUUCAUGACACGCACAUCAGCUGUAUAUAAGCAGUGUAGUUAACCAUGUGGUUGAAUUCAGCCACUGAAACAGUAUCUAUGAUGCCAGCGAGGAGCACCACAGAGAAAUCAGUGCUGUCUGAAAGCUCCAUCAACCUUGGCUCAGCGUUAUUACUCAGAAUUAGUUCCAGUUGGGGGGCGGAGCUUAUUUCAGGGCUGUAAAAUGUAAACGCACACUGCUAAAAAUAAAGAAAACUAGUAACAUCCAGUACAAGGUUGUAUUAUACUGUAUAUUGCAGUUUUUUUCUACAGUAUCCUUGGAAUGACAUUAUUAUUACAGGAUUAGGAGCACAAACUCCUAAAAGCUACAAAGCGCACCUUAGGACUUUCUCUCCUUACUCGUGUUUUGACACACCUUUUCAGCCUCAUCACUGAAGAUGAUUAAUAUAAUCGUUUCUCUUUAAGGCUAUAAAGGGUUUCAGUCAUCCAGAUGAUUUUAAAUGCCUCGUAGUAGUGAGGCCAGGCAACUGGAGUUGCCCUAAGAGCUUCCAUGGUACAUCGAUACAUCAGAAACCGAUUAAGAAAUGUUUUCAAAAUAACGCAAGUACAGGACCCUUGAUGCACUACUGCUACAUUUAAACAUUUUCUUACACACUUGUAUAUGAUAUACUUGAUUCUGCGCAGUGCAUGCAGGAACGAAACAACAGGGAAAGUAAAAUCUUAAACAUCGUAAAUAGUAAUAUAAUAUAUGCUGUAAUAUUACGUGCUCCUCUAUCACAUCUCUGCUUUAGUGUAGGUUGGUGUACAGUAGCCUAAAUUAUACCGAAGUUUUGAUUAAAAAACAAAACAAAACAAAUAAAACACUUGUUUCCUUUUCUCUUUCCCAUUCAGUGCACAAAGCAACCCAAAUGAAAAGAAAAUAAUGCAAAUUAAACGUUAUACAAUUGAUAUAUUUUUUGCCUUGUGCAUUCUUGAUUCUUUGGCACACGAAGCUUGUUUAUAUGUGUAUAAAUAAAUAUGAGCGGUUGUAAAGUAUUGCUUGUCUUAAUGCACUAUCUGGCAGUGGCACUUUCUGCCUUUAUUUAUUUAUUUUUUUUGUUAUUUUAUAUUUGAGAGUCCUGCCCCUUUCUUUCCUCUCCAAACUCCAAUCUCACAGGUCUUUGCUGUCGUGUGUUGUACAGUAAAUUGAGAUGCAAAGCAAAAUUUCAUCCCAAUUCAAAGAUGCAAAGUUUUAUGUGGCGAUAAAAACGCUUCUGAUGACACCCGAUGUGCAUAACGCUGUAAUAAAUCUAUGCUAAACUUGUUACACUAAUGCUGAUGUGUACUGUAUGGUGAACUGGUUAACACAAUGAACAUGCAAAUAAAAUCUAAACUGAUCCACUA